ACCAAACAAUCUCUUAUAGUGAUGCAUCUCCACCGACCUCCGUUGUCGAACUUCCGUUCGACUUGCCGGACUGGAAUUGUUGAUUUUUUCCAAUCCUAAAAGAAUAUAUUUUUUUUUCCUUUUCUUUACCAAAAGUUAUAAAAUAUAUUUUUAAAACUAUAAUUUCAGUCGAAAAUUAAAUAUUAACGCUUUAUUAAAUUUGGUCUCUUUAAAUAUAUACCAACAAAAUGUACAAUUAAUUAAUUAACAUAGUGCAAGAUGUAUAUAUACAUAGACGAUAUCGAUGUUGUAGCAUUAUUUAGAAGAGGUUAGAUAUGGAGGAAGAGAAAAGCAUUAGAGGGAAUGGAGAGAAAGAAAAGGAGAAGAAAAAUGGAAAACAACGAGGAGGCAUCCGAACAUUACCUUUCAUCCUUGCAAAUGAAGUGUGUGAUAGAUUUGCGAGUUCUGGUUUUCACGCAAACAUGAUAAGCUACCUUACACAACAAUUGAACAUGCCAUUGGUUUCAGCUUCAAAUACUCUCAGCAACUUUAAUGGAGUUUCUAGCUUGACUCCUCUUCUUGGCGCUUUCAUUGCUGAUUCUUUUGCAGGAAGAUUUUGGACCAUUGUUGUUGCCACUAUCAUCUAUGAACUGGGACUUAUUACUAUAACAAUAUCAGCUAUAAUGCCCCAAUUUCACCCUCCACCAUGUCCAACACAAUUAAAUUGUGAAGAAGCCAAAUCCUCACAACUAUGGAUACUCUAUCUAUCACUCUUUCUUGCAGCUCUUGGAUCAGGUGGCAUUAGAUCAUGUGUUGUACCCUUUUCAGGAGAUCAAUUUGACAUGACUAAAAAAGGUGUUGAAUCAAGAAAAUGGAACCUCUUCAAUUGGUACUUUUUUUGCAUGGGAUUUGCCACAUUAAGUGCUUUAACUAUUGUGGUUUAUAUUCAAGAUCAUAUGGGUUGGGGUUGGGGCCUUGGCAUUCCAACCAUUGCAAUGUUUAUAUCUAUCAUUGUUUUUGUUUUGGGUUCAUCACUCUACAAGACUGUGAAACCAAACGGAAGCCCGUUUGUUCGAGUUGCGCAAGUGAUUGUUGCAGCGUUUAAAAAGAGGAACGAGGUGUUGCCAAAUGAUUCUGAGCUUUUAUACCAAAAUAUGGAGCUUGAUUCUCCUAUUUCCUUGGAAGGAAGACUUUCGCACUCGAAGCAAUUCAAAUGGUUAGACAAGGCUGCAAUUGUAACAAAGGAAGAAGACAAAAACCCGAACGCAAAACCGAACUUAUGGAAUUUAGCAACUGUCCAUAGAGUUGAAGAGUUAAAAUGUAUCAUUAGAAUGCUUCCGAUUUGGGCGUCAGGAAUUCUACUCAUAACUGCAGCAUCACAUCAGAGUAGCUUUGUAAUCCAACAAGCUCGGACGAUGAAUCGUCAUCUCUCGCAUUCGUUCCAGCUUUCACCAGCCAAUAUGUCCAUUUUCAGCGUACUAACUAUGAUGAUAGGUAUUGUUCUAUACGAACGCCUUUUCGUUCCGUUUGCUCGUAGAUACACUAAGAAUCCUACUGGCCUUACAUGUUUGCAAAGAAUGGGAAUAGGCUAUGUGAUCAACAUUACAGGCACUAUAGUUUCAGCACUAGUGGAAAUCAAAAGAAAAAAAGUUGCUUCCGAAUAUAAUUUAUUGGAUAAUCCGAAAGCGAUUAUUCCAAUAAGUGUGUUUUGGUUGGUUCCUCAGUAUUUUUUGCAUGGUGUGGCUGAAGUUUUUAUGUCUGUUGGACAUUUGGAAUUUCUGUAUGAUCAAUCGCCGGAAAGUAUGAGGACGAGUGCUACGGCUUUGUACUGCAUAGCGACGGCUAUUGGAAGCUUUAUUGGUACAUUAAUGGUGACAUUAGUGCAUAAGUAUACUGGUAAAGAGAGGAACUGGUUACCUGAUAGAAACCUGAAUAGAGGUAGAUUGGAGUACUAUUACUUUCUUGUUAGUGGGAUUCAAGUUGUAAAUUUCAUUUAUUAUGUAGUAUGUGCUUGGUUUUAUACAUAUAAGCCUGUGGAGGAAAUUAGUGAAAUAAACAUGCAAGGAGAUUUGGAACAGGUCAAUAGAGAAGUUUCAUUGGUUAGUUUAGAAGAGGGGAAGAGUAUUGGUAGUGAAGAGCUACAGAACAAGAAGAAGGUGAAAUCUCAGCGACGAGGAGGAAUUCGAACACUGCCUUUCAUCCUUGCUAAUGAGGUAUGUGAUAGAUUUGCUGUGGCUGGUUUCAACGGAAACUUGAUAAGUUACCUAACUCAGCAACUGAACAUGCCAUUAGUAUCAGCUGCAAACACACUCACAAUCUUCGGCGGAACAGCUAGCUUCACGCCUCUCAUUGGUGCUCUCAUUUCCGAGUCCUUUGCCGGCCACUUCUGGACCAUUACCAUUGGUUCCAUCAUCUACCAACUCGGAAUGAUCAGCAUAACACUAUCAUCUAUACUCCCACACAUGCGCCCUCCGCCAUGUCCAACGCAACUAAACUGUCAAGAAGCAACCUCCUCGCAAUUAUCAAUGUUCUUCAUCUCUCUCGUUCUUAUAUCGAUUGGAUCAGGUGGAAUUAGACCUUGUGUUGUUCCGUUCUUAGGAGAACAAUUUGAUAUGACUAAAAAAGGUGUAGCGUCUAGAAAAUGGAACAUUUUCAAUUGGUACUUUUUCUUCAUGGGAAUUGCUUCUCUAAGUGCUUUAACCAUUGUGGUUUACAUUCAAGACAAUACUGGUUGGGGUUGGGGAUUUGGCAUACCGACUAUUGUUAUGUUUUUGUCCAUUGUUGCAUUUGUGUUCGGCUCGCCCUUUUAUAAAACUGAGAAACCUAAAGGAAGCCCUUUGGUUCGUUUGGCACAAGUUAUUGUAGCAGCUGUGAAAAAGAGGAAAGAGGUUUUGCCAAAUGAUCCAAAACAUUUGUAUCAAAAUAGAGAGGUUGAUGCCGGUAUUUCCUUGGAAGGAAGACUUUUACAUACAAAUCAAUAUAAAUGGUUGGACAAGGCUGCAAUUGUCACGGGCGAAGACGACACAGAACAAAAUGCACCACCAAAUUUUUGGAAAUUAGUUACUGUCCAUAGAGUUGAAGAGCUAAAAUCAAUCAUUAGAAUUCUUCCGAUUUCGGCUUCAGGAAUUUUGCUUAUAGCCGCUUCAGCGCACCUACCUAGCUUUGUCAUCGAACAAGCGCGCACAAUGGAUCGGCAUCUCUCACAGACCUUCCAAAUUUCGCCUGCUAAUAUGUCAAUUUUCAGUGUAAUUACCAUGAUGACAGGAGUUAUUCUAUACGAACGUCUUUUCGUUCCCAUUGUCCGGAGAUUCACAAAGAAUCCGGUCGGAAUCACGUGCAUACAAAGAAUGGGAAUAGGCUUUGCAAUCAACAUUCUAGCCACAUUAAUUUCAGCACCCGUGGAAAUCAAAAGAAAAGAAGUUGCUGCUAAGUACAACUUAUUGGAUGAUCCAAAAGCGAUUAUUCCUAUAAGCGUGUUUUGGUUGGUGCCUCAGUAUUGCUUUCAUGGACUUGCUGAUGUUUUCAUGUCUGUUGGACUUUUUGAAUUUCUAUUUGAUCAAGCACCUGAGAGUAUGAGAAGUAGUGCUACUGCUAUCUAUUGCAUAAUUAUAGCUAUUGGAAGUUAUGCAGGUACAUUUAUAGUGACACUUGUUCAUAAAUAUAGUGGUAAGGAAAGGAAUUGGUUACCUGAUAGGAACCUUAAUAGGGGUAGAUUGGAGUAUUAUUAUUAUCUUGUUAGUGGUGUUCAAGUUCUUAAUCUUAUUUAUUUUGGAAUUUGUCUUUGGUUUUACACUUACAAGCCCUUGGAAGAAAUUGCUGAAAUCAUCAAUAAGGAAGAAGAUUUGGAACAGGUUGAUGCAAAAAUCUUGGCUUCCAAUUUAGAAGAGAAAGUUUAGAAGAAAAAAAUAAUGUAUUGGUCAUAAUGGUAGAUUUGUAUUAUUGGAGACUUUUGAUUGUUCAAUAUCUGUACAAGUGACUUAUGUAAUAAGACUUGCUAGAGCUUUGAGUAUUUCUU